AUGCCGAAUCCAGAAGACCACGAUCUGGAGAUUGAGGACCGACCGAAGCGCAAUUCAAGAAUGAUUGAAGAGUUCGAGAAAUUUGACGAGAUUGGAACGAGCAUCGGCGUGAUCGAGCAGCCGGGAUGGUCGAGAACCGACUCGCUAAAGAGUGAGCAUGACGGAUCGUCGGUUGAGAAGAGGGUCUUCGACCGGAAGCUACUCUACAAGCUCGACUGGCACUUGAUGAUCGCCAUGUUCUUCCUCAACUUUCUCUCUCUGAUGGGUCGGACCAAUAUCGGCGCAGCCCUCAUUCGACAGUUACCACAGGAUCUAAAGCUGGAUGCGAUGAAGGUCUUCGUCGUUCUGACCAUGCCAGCGGCGCCACUGAUUCUCUUUGAAGUUCCAAGCAAUCUUCUCAUGCGAUGGCUGGAUCGCAAAAUCAACUUCUCAUACAUGUGGUACAUGUGUCUUUUGGACUUGCUGCUUGGUGUCAUUACGAUCGCGCAAGGCUUCGUCAAAAACUACGACCAGAUCAUAGUCACGCGAUUCUUCGUCGGUGUUUUUGACGCAGGGCUCAUUCCAGGAUGCGUCUUCAUUUGCUCGCUUUACUAUCCAGCUAAGCACCUUCAAUGGCGGCUCGGUCUGAUCACCGUCGCAAACAUCUGUUCAAGCAUCGUGGGAAACUUUCUCGCCUACGCGAUCGCCAACAUCAAGACGACGAACAACUUCAAUGGAUGGAGAUGGAUCUUUAUCAUCGAAGGCAGCUUCACAGCGGCGGCCGCUCUGCUCUGUGCUUUCGCAAAUGUUGGACCGCCUCAAAAGGCCAAGUUCCUCACGGAGGAAGAGAGGAGAAUUAUCGAGGCAUCAGUCGAGACCCGCACCACCCAGAUCGGCAUAUGGGCUGAAUGGAAGAUGUUCUUCCUGAACCCACUCAACUACUGUUGGGCAACGCUUUAUUGCUUCACCACUACCACCGCUUACUCGGUCUCAAUCUUCUCGCCAUCCUUUGUAAAGUCGUUUCAUCCCGAACUGAGCGCCGCCGACAUUCAGGCCCAAAUCGUUCCCAUCUUCGUUGUCGCAGCUGUUGCGUGUCUUGCCACUGCUUUCGCGGCUGAUCGACUCAACCACCGGUCGGCUUUCGGCCUCGUCGGGUUCGUAUUCACGAUCAUUGGCUAUGCGGUCUUGCGCAAGGCGCAACACGAAAGUUCAAGUGUUACCAUGAUGGCUCUUUACUUCAUCGCCUUUGGUACCUUCAUCACACUCCCUAUGAUCUGGAUAUUGACGAUACAAAACCUGCAAACACCGUUUCAACGCGCUAUCGGAAGUGGCUUCGUAGUGGGAGUGGGUAAUACCUCCAGUUACAUCUCUGCAUGGAUCUUCAAGACGAGCGAUGGACCGUACUACGAGAGAGGGAUGACAAUCAGCAUGAUUUUGGUCAUCAUUGCAUUCUGCAUUUUAUCCGCGACGUGGGCGUUCAUUGUCGCCCACAACAAGAGACUGGACAUGAAGCAGCACAUUAACAGCAACUUUUCAGCUAGGAAAGCCAAUAGUGAGUGGAGGUAUAAAGUAUAA